AAUGGCACUGUCCAAGGCUAUUUCCGGAGCACGAGAGGACUUAGACAAGGAGACCCCCUUUCCCCUUAUCUAUUUGUCAUGGCUAUGAAUUGUCUGUCUAUCUUGCUUGAUCGGGGAGCAGCGGAAGGAAGUUUCGGCUAUCACCACCACUGCAAGGACUCUAAGCUAACGCAUUUAUACUUUGCAGACGACCUCCUCAUAUUCUGUGACGGUUCACUCCGGUCGGUGAAAAAUGUCCUUCAGAUUAUCCAGAACUUUACUGAUGUCUCGGGUUUUGCGGUCAGCAUUUCAAAGACAAGUUUCUUCUCCUGUGGAAUCCAGCAACCUGAAAAAGAUCGAAUAAUCAGUGAGACAGGUAUUACGCAUGGCCUUCUACCUGUCAGGUAUCUUGGGAUUCCCCUAUGCACUAAAAAACUCUCUCUAGCUAACUGUGAACCGCUAAUACAACAAAUAAAGAACAAAGUUAACAGCUGGAGCGCUAGGUCUCUCUCAUUUGCAGGGCGACUAUUAUUGAUCAACACAGUCAUUGCAGGGAUUUCAAACUUCUGGUGCUCUAUUUUUACUAUCCCUAAGAAGUGCAUUAAACUGAUAAACUCUAUCUGUGGAGCUAACCUAUGGAAAGGGACGACAGAGGGGCACCACUCUGCUCGAGUAUCGUGGGAAACAGUUACAUUGUCAAAGGAGGAGGGUGGUUUGAGAAUCCGUGAUCUCCACCUCUGGAACAAAGCAUGCACUCUCAAGCUUGUCUGGCUCCUGUUCUUUCGAUCAGGAUCUAUAUGGGUAGCCUGGUUCACAAAACAUAUACUCAGAGAUUGCAAGAGUAAUUUCUGGACAAUCAAGGAAAAGCAAUCACACUCCUAUGCAAUCAGGAAACUACUUCGAGUUAGAGAGUAUGCUUACAGCUGGAUCAACAUCAAGAUAGAAGAUGGAGCAUCCGCACGGUUUUGGUCGGACAAUUGGAGCCCUUUUGGAAACAUUAGGGAGUUCCUCAAUAUAACCACUACAUCAGCCUUGGGAAUACGUCAAAAUGCUACCUUGGCUGACAUUCGCUACGAGGGAGGAUGGCAUAUCCCAGCUCCUCGCUCUGACUCUCAACUGGCUCUCCAUACCUUUCUCACUACUCUUACUCUCUCCCAGUCGCAUGACUUGUAUGAGUGGAGACAACCAGGAAACAGUUCCCAAACAUUCAAGACGGGUCUGACCUACAACCUCAUCAAGCUGCAUCAAACCCAUGUCCCCUAGUCCAAGAUUGUCUGGUUCUCUCGAGGCGUUCCAAAACAUAGCUUCCUUGCGUGGUUGGUCACUCUAAAUAGAUGCCCAACACGAGAUCGAAUCAUCACCUGGGGUCUCUCCACAAGUCCCCUCUGCCUUCUCUGCAAUGCAGCGAACGAGUCUAGAGAUCAUCUCUUCUUCGAGUGCCCCUUCUCCUUUGCAGUAUGGGACUCUUUAGCACGAAAAGCAAACUGUGUGGCAAAUCACUCUUGGUCCCAGACCCUUCACUACCUUGAGCGUCGCUCUUGCUCCAAGCCAGAGAGAUGCCUCAGUCUACUAGCUUGGCAGGCUUCGAUCUAUUUCAUCUGGACUGAGCGAAACAACUGUCUCCAUCGUCAGCACUACCGAUCAUCAUCUUCCAUCUCCACUGCUGCAUCCUCCCUGAUUAAAAACAAAAUCUCCAGCUUUCGUGAUCAGAAUUCCGCUUUCGCCUCAACUCUAUUCCAAAUUUGGAUUGGUGGCUGAUAGAUCAACUGCCUUCGUGAUUAUCACCUUCGCGACAUCACUUCUGCACGUAUCGCCAAAGAAUUCUGAAGCCGUCGUCUCUGCUUCCUUUUACUUGGGCCAUGACCCUGCUUUUGAUAAUGAGCUUUAUCCCCUUAUCUUUAAUGGCUUGCAAGACCUCGUUUGUAAUGAGUUUAUGUCCAAAACAUUGCCUUCUUAGGCACAUAUCAUAUAUAAUAUAUAAAAAGCUUUUUUUUCAAAAAAAAAAAACUUCAUCUCUUCUUCCUUAUUUAGUAUUAUUAUUAUUAUUUAUAGACGUUAGGUUAGUAAAAUCAGUGAAUUUAGGUUUUCUUUUUCUCUGACAAUUGUCUUUUUUAAAACUAGUGGACUUAUUGACUUAUUUACCUUUUUGUAUUUUUUAAUUUUCUCAUGAUUCUAAGUCAAUAGAAUUUUUAAAACUAUGACGAUAAAAUAAAGAAUUUUAAAAACUACAGCUGAUGUUUUUGAAUUUUACAAUUCACCGUUAUAAACUAUUAAGAACUUAAAACAUACAUCUUUUUGAAACAAAAUUUUCUUUUAAAACAUUUCUUUAAGGAACAAACUUUUCCAUUUUUAAAAUAAUAACAAAAUAUUUGUAAAAUAUAAUUUUUUUGAUUUGAUAAAAAAUAAUAUUAUUAAUUAGUUAUGAUUUUUUUGCCAUAUUCAUUAAUUAGUUAUUAAUAAGGUAACAUUAAUAUAUUUAAGUCGAUUUUUCAUGGUUUUAAGGUUGUUUAGCUAAUCAAUAUAGCAUUGAUUUUCUUUUCAGGUUUAUUAAUUAGUUGUUUUAAGUCUAUGUUUUAACGUUAGUUAUUUUGAAAAUCAAUUUAGGUGCGUUUUAUGGUUGUUUAAUUUGAUAAAAAGAUAAUAAAUACUAAAAUUUAAGAUUAUAUAGUUUUUCAGUGGUAUUAAACUGUAGUUAACUAGUUGUUUUAGUUUAAAAUCAAUUUAGGAAAUUAUAUAUUUUAUUAGGAAGAAUGUUUAAAUAUAGGCUUAUUAAAUAUUUCAGUGCCGUAGAAUUAUAGAUAAGUUGUAAGUAUAAGAUUUUUUUUUUUUUGUACUUCUAUUUUAAUAAGAUAAAUUUAUAAAAUGUUGAAAUUAAUUUUUUUUUAUCUAUUUUAGAUGGUAUGUAGUUCAAUAUUUACAUAUUAUAUUUAAAUAACUGAAAUAUUUGAAGCUUAACAAAAAUUAAACUAUUUCAAAAAUAGACUUUCAUAUUCUUAUUAAUUACUAAAUACUUGCCCUUAAAUUUAUUGUUCUUUUCAAAAGAUAGAACAUCUGAUGUACAAUACAAAGUACCUUGCUGAACAAAUUAGUG